GACGUAUGGGUGUAAUGUAGAGCGAAUAUUUUUGUUGUCGUAGACACGCAGUGUCACGCGGUGUUUGUAACAGGAAGAGCUGUCAGCUUCAGUAUCGCACAAGACCAUAUACAGUUGUGCAACCGAUGACCUUCAUUUUAGGCAGGAUUUAUUUUUUCUGCGUACAAGCAUUCAGGCCAGAGCUGCCGAAGACGUUUCUAUUUGUGAAAGGUGCAGAAGUUCAGUGUAAAUUGCAUGUAAUAUUAUGGCUGGCUGACUCAUGGAAUAAGCAAGAGUAACCAAGAGUUUGCUGAAGACAUGAAUAUACUGGAGUCCUGAUAGCAGCCAUCAUGACGACAGAGGCUGUGUCCUCGGGGACUCGACCUCAGAUCCCAGCUCCUGUGCAGAAAGAUGACUACCACUUUUUGCGCUCUUUCGCAGCUGGAGGUGUUGCAGGGUGCUGUGCCAAGUCCACCAUAGCGCCUCUCGAUAGAGUGAAAAUUUUACUACAAGCUCAAAAUCCACAUUACAAACACCUUGGAGUGUUUGCCACACUUAAGGCUGUGCCAAAGAAAGAGGGUUUUCUUGGACUCUACAAAGGAAAUGGAGCUAUGAUGAUCAGGAUUUUCCCAUAUGGAGCCAUUCAGUUUAUGGCUUUUGAUCACUACAAAAAGUUCCUUAACACACAACUUGGAAUAUCUGGGCACAUUCAUCGGCUUAUGGCAGGAUCUAUGGCAGGGAUGACCGCAGUUAUUUGCACUUAUCCACUCGAUGUUAUCCGGGCUCGCUUAGCAUUUCAAGUGACAGGAGAGCAUCGCUACACUGGCAUACGAAACGCCUUUCAAACUAUUUACCUUAAGGAAGGAGGAAUCACUGGAUUCUACCGGGGUCUGACCCCAACAAUCAUUGGCAUGGCUCCAUAUGCAGGCUUUUCUUUUUUUACUUUCGGUACAUUGAAGACUCUGGGACUGACUCACUUUCCAGAGCUCUUAGGCAAGCCAUCUCUUGACAACCCCGAUGUUCUCGUGCUGAAGACUCACGUCAAUCUGUUGUGUGGUGGAGUCGCCGGAGCAAUUGCUCAAACUAUAUCAUAUCCACUAGAUGUUGCCCGGAGGAGAAUGCAGUUAGGUUCAUCAUUGCCUGAUUCUGACAAAUGUUGCAGCCUCACAAAAACACUGAAUUACGUGUACACCCAGUAUGGUGUCAAGAAAGGACUGUAUCGUGGCCUGUCCCUCAACUACAUCCGCUGUAUACCAUCACAAGCCGUUGCCUUCACCACAUAUGAGUUCAUGAAGCAAGUUCUUCACCUAAACUAGAAGAAUAAGUGACUUAAAGCCUUAAAGGAACAAGUUGAAACGACCCCUGGCAACAUCACAGCAGCCCUGCCUGCCAUUCCAGUCACCAGUCAUGUGAACUCCAGUUCUUACAAAACACCCACACAAACGUCAAACCUGUGGCUGCUUCGCACACCCCAGCAACAGUCACUAUGAUUACAGAGACAAAAGCUUGCUUUGCCAUUAUGUGUGGAUCAGGAACAUGCCCCCGAACAACCGACAAUGAAAAUACCAUGGAAACCUGCGUCUGAAACUUGCCUGUAUGAAGCCGUCCCAUUUCAUUUUGUAUAAUAUGCCUUCGCUUAUCACUCAUAUACAUUAAGCAAAAUACAAAAUCACGGUUGAUUUUACCUAUGUGGACAGGUAUAUCACAGUGCUUUUAACUAUGACUGUUCACACCUUUCUUUUAAAACGUCAGAAACCUAAAUAUGGAAGUUGAUUUUUUCUUUGCGAAAUUUCAUUUAUAUGUAGCAUUUUAUUUCAGUCACCUCAAGUCUUAUUGGCUGAUAUUUGUCUCUUUUAGUGAUCAAGAUGACUUCCAUUCAGCAGUAUAGCGAAUGGAAUAGAGUGUACAUAAUGUCUAUGCAGUAUUCAGUCAUGUUCGCAUGCUGUCGUUACUGUGGCUCAAAUUAUAUCUGAUCGAUGCCUUACAGUGCCAUUAAAUUCACAAUCUCCAUUUCGGAAGAGGGCAAUCCAGUGAGGAUGUGUUUGGUGAUCAGCAUAUCACAGCUGAUAUGUAUGUGAAUCUUUUAAAUUAUUGUUCACUGAUUUGGGAUGGGAAAAAAAUGGGUCCCUUAAAUAAAAUAAUGACUUUGCCUUUAUGUAUGCACAGGAGUUCUUUCAAAUACUAUCAAAUAAUUCUGUCUUGCCUCGGUUAUGAAUCUCUUACUACUAUUAUACAGUAAAAAUUCUAUCUGCUAUGUACUAUUAUAUACACUUAAAAAUAUUUUUAAAAAUCGGGAGGGGAAAAGAAGAAAAACGUAUAUGUAUAUAUCUUUUUUUUAAGGGAAAUGAGCACCCUCAAACUUGCAUCAUUUUCCUUCCUUUUGUAAUUGCGUUUUUGUUGCCACGUGGUGGCAGUGUUGCAGUAAUUCGUGUCCUUGAGUCUCUGAAAUUGCACUUCUGAGUUCAUGUGCGUUGAUCGUUUAGCUGCAUGUGUUUCCAAAGAUGGAGGGGGACGUGUAUGAAUUUAUCUGUGUAUAAGUAAAUUCAACAGAAACUGAUGUCAUGGUUUUAUGACAGACCGAGUACAUGUAUGAGUAGCGAAGGUCAUGAACUCAUGAUUCAUUUGUCACAUUUCUAGUUUAUCUGCACUAAGUGCCGUAAAAUGAAUCACUAGAAUAUAAGGUCUGUUUUUUUCUGAUUCUUGAGAACUGAGGAACAAGUUCAUCUUGCUGCUUUGGAUAAAUCACCUUUAUUUAUUUGUCAUUACAAUGUAUUAUAUUUGUAUAAUGAAUGGAUAUUAUGUCAGAUUGUCAGAACAAAUUAACAUUGAGAAUGCCUGUUUUGUACAUGUGAUCAUUUGUAUGAAUGCAUAGAUGAUCAGUAAAGAAAUUUAAAUGUAAAAACUAAUUUCUUUUAAAUAAAAGUAAAGCCUUUUUGUCUUGUGCUGGA